AGCAGAGUGAACACUGAGUGAUCAGAGUGGACAGAGUGGGCACAGUGGACACUGUGAGCAGUCAGGAUGCAGUUUUUGAAGUUUGUGUGUGCGGUGGUGACCCGUAUUCUGUUCCUGCUGCUCUCUCUGAGUGCCGUGUGGAGGGUGAUCUCAGUGAAGAAUGACUGGUGGUUCUGGCUGCUGACCAUCCUGUACGUCCCUCUGCUGCUGGAGACCAUCAUCACGCUGAAGAGGAGGAGAGGACACGAAUACAAAUGGUUCUCUCCAGUGAUCCUCUUCUUUCUGAUCAGCAUUAUUCCCUCCAUCUGGAUCCUGGAGCUCCAUCAUCAAGAGAACAAGUCCAGCAACCCUCAGUGUAAGAAGCUGGACUCGUGGAAGAAUGUCCAGAGCAUGGUGGAGUCCUUCAACAUCACAAUGGGCCCAGACACUGAUACACUGAAGGCGAUAGAGAGGCGCCUGUCUUCCAUCUGUCCAAACGACUGGAUCCUCGCUCUUCAUCAGACCCUGCUCAUCCUCCUCAUUGUGGGGAAGUGGCUCCUGCCCCUUGGAGGCGGGGUGACACGUGACGAGCUGUCUCAGCUGCUGCUGAUCUUUGUUGGCACAGCCGCCGACAUCCUGGAAUUCACCAGCGAGACGCUGUCUGAUGUGAAGGAUAGCAGUCCACAGCUGGUGUAUAUAAUCCUGGCGGUGUGGACGUGGAGCAUGCUGCAGUUUCCUCUGCACUUGGCAGUGGUGACCUCCAAGUCGGGUGAAUCAACUGAGGAGCAGGUGGAGGAGCAGCAAGGUUGCUGUAGAAACAUCCUGCUGGAGAGACACAGUACAGACAUCUGGAACAUCGUGGAGAGCCUGUUCAUCCAGGAUGGACCGUUCCUCGUCGUCCGCCUGACCGUGAUUAUCUACUUUGAAGUUUUUCACCAGAUGCUGGUGUUCUUUGCCAUCAAGAAUUUCCUGGUGGUCAUUCUGAACUUUUACAGACUGGUGGUCAUCUUCCUGGACGUCAGACCGAAAUCACGGUCACAAACGCCUUGAUGGAAGGAAACACUUGAAGAGCUCAUUACUGGAAACUACUUUGGAAACUUUGGAAGUGUAGUCGAUCAGCUAAGACAUUUGCUUUUGUAGUUUCAGUGCUGGAGCCAUGAGGCUAAUGUAGCUAAGGUAAUGGAAGCUUAUACACCAGUGCUACCUGCUUGUCUCAGACUUGAGGAAGUGUUCAGUAUCUCUAAUAUUCUAGAUUAUUUGCUUUCCGACACUGUAUGACUCACUGUUAUCUAUAAACAGGUUUCUGUAAGCCUCAUCACAGAGAUGCACACACAGCCAGGGGGCAGAAAGCAACUCUCUUGACCGCAUAAAGCAACAAUGACAAGUUGACAAGAGAAAAUGGUAGCAGAAUGUUUCCUCUGGGACAAGCGUCUUGUGCUGUGUAGCACAACUAAAAAGACAGUAUUGUGUUCUCCAGAUCUCCAUUCUGUUCUUCUCCAUGUUCUCUCUUCUUCUCAGUUAUUCUCAUAUUUGUCAACCAUCUUGUAUACACAACCAUCUGAUGUACGCCUGAAUGCAGCAUUAGCUUAGCAACACUCGACAUGCUCCUGAUAUUGUCAUAUAAGGAGGAUAGACAGACUCAACAAACAACUAAACCAGGUCAGCUAGGCCAAAUUCAUAGGAGGUGUCAGCAAGAUGUAAUGUUUUCUGUGAUUUUAGCUAAACAUUUAGCAAAUAGCAAACUUAGCUUAGACCUAAGCUUCCAUUACUUGGUAGCUACAUUAGCCUCAUAUCUCCAGAACUAAAACUAAUGAACUAAAGGAGGUAUUUUGUUUUUGUACCACUUGAAUGAAACUAAAUGUUGUGUUAUUUGCUCUUUUUUAACUGGUUAUAUAUCUACACUCACUUUAUCAGAAACACCUCUCUUGCCGCUCCACCUUUCUAGUGUUCAUUUAGAGGCCGUAGAUCAACUGCUGAUGCACAGUGCGUCAGUCAUUAUCUAGAUCUUUAUUAAUGGACAAUUUCUAGAAUUAAUAUCUACCGGCAGUCCUGUGAUUAGAGUAACAUGGAGCUACAUAGUGGAGAUAUAAGGCAGGUGGACCUCAGAGUCCAUGUAUGUUAAAGGAGUCUGAGUAUGUACGGUCUUUAACUUUACACCGAAUAAGAACAAUUUGAAUAUUACAUGUUCUGUGUAAAUUAGAGAAACAUCAGUGAUGUCAAACAAAAUAACUGCUCAGACUGUUCAAACAUUGUAAAAUGUUCAGAUGUUUAUGAUAUUUUGAUGCUUAUACACUAUAUUGUCAAAAGUA